AUGUCUGAAGGCCUGGAGACUCCACUGCAGAGCCCGGAGAGCGGCGUCUCGCCAAAGUCACAGCCGACCCCGAAGCAGGCGGACUACUUCCCCGGCGACAAGCAGCCAGAAACGACGACAGCCCCCGGCGAUGACAGCGACGAUCUGCCGGAACACACCGAAGCAGGCGCUUCCAUCAUCGAGGUGGCGGCCGGUGCGCAGCUCGACACGAAGGGCAAGGACAAGGAGAUGGACAACGAUAGCGACGCGAGCGCCACCACGCCGGGCGACACUGCACCUAGUCCGGGCAGCAGCAGCGAGCCGCCCUCGAGGAAGAUGUCCAUCUCCUCGGUUACUUUCCGCCAGCCGUCCAACCCAUCGCUGCCGCAAGGUCUGAAGAAGAAGCCACUUGAUGCCGCUCGUAGGAGAGACGCUUCUCCGCCACAUCAGGGUUGCGGCGGGCGGCUCUGGCCGGCAAUGCUCUGCCCAGAGGAGCCUCAAGUGAGGUUAAGCAAAUCCAACGUGGUCGCGUGGGAUGACCCUUGGCCGGAACUACCCCAAGAUGCAUCGCGGCCCGCUGCGGUCUCGACACUGGGAAUGGGAACGCUAGUGCCCUCUUGGGCCACUGCUGCACGAUUAUUCUGGGGCGGCACUGAUGCUUUCGGGUUCACUUGCGACCAGCCCAUCGUUUAUUUGUGUGAGGGGUCGUCACAUGUUCUGUCCUGCACCACCCCCGACCAGGCAAGGUCCUGCCAGCUACCACCUUACGAGCUUACCUGCGCCGACUUGCCGUCAGCCGCGCCGCCUGGCCACGGGGGAAGCUCUAUGCCAAAGAUGGACGAGCGCCGCCGGAAGCUGGUGCUAUCGCCAAGCUGGGUUGCCUCCCUGGGCCCUGGCCGUGACCCGCCAGGGGCUGCAGCAAGCACUCCUCUUCCCAACGCACACACUGAGCAGCACCAUAACACACCACGCCCCUGCGAACCACGGCGUACCGUGCAGCGGCGAACAGACUGGGGCCAACGAACUCUACUCUCGCUCGUCGACCGCUUUGGCUUCAUUCCUCCAAUCUCACGAAAGCCGCGCAUUGGUAAAGUUGCCGUGCUACGAUUCCAGUCCCACGUCGCAUUCGACAACAUCCCAUUGGGCGAAUCGACCGACUUCAAUCCCAUCGCUUUCACGCUCAAUGCCAAACAUGCCGGUUACCAGUCGAGCCGGAGGAGUCGUACGUUCAUGGUCGGCGUCGACGACAAUGCGUAUUCCGACCAUGCGCUUCAGUGGCUGCUCGAGGAGCUUGUGGACGACGGCGACGAAGUGAUCUGCGUUCGCGUGAUUGAGACGGCCACUCGCCUGACGAAUACGGCAUAUCAGGAGCACGCGCAAGCCCUAAUGGACAUCUGUCAGUCAAAGAAUAAGAAGAACCUGGCCAUAUCACUCGUCGUCGAGUAUGCCGUUGGGAAGCUUCACAACACUUUUCAACAUCUGAUCAAGAUUUACCAGCCAUCUAUGCUCAUCGUCGGGACCAAGGGACGCAGUCUUGAUACUGUCUCGGGACUUUUCGUAAACCGCAGCUCGUUCUCCAAGUACUGCCUCCAGUACUCGCCUGUUCCUGUUGUUGUCGUGCGCCCUACUGAGAAACGCGAGAAGAAGCGGAUCAAGCGGGCUCAGGACCCCUCGCGUCAGAGCUACCUUCACAUGUUACCUGGCAAUAAGCAUGAGGCCGACAGCGAGAACAGUAGUGUUUAUGAGCUUGAGCCGAAUCUGACCGCUGACGAGGAGGCCCACCGCGUUGCAGUUGCAAAUGGCCUCCCUGCGAAGUACGAUCCCACUAUCAAACCAAUCGAUCCAAAUGUUCUUCUGGGCCGCAGUGGAAGCAACCGUCGCUCUGUGCAUGCAGCAGGACCGACCGCGGAAGCCAUUGCGCUUGCCGCAACUGGCCGACUGCCUGCUUCACCAGAGCCGAAAGACGACGAAGGAUCGGAGUCUGAGUAUGAAGAGGAGUUUGAGGUCUCAACGGGCGAGCAGGCCCUUAAGAAGGAACGGCUGCACAACAUGGAAAUCAAUGAGGGAGCGGCCCUUAAAGAAAUGCGGAAACUGAGCAAGGACUCGAUUGCCGAGGAGGAGUCGGACGAAGAUGGCGGCGCCAAGACGGAUAAACGAUAA